AUGGAAAACACCAGGCCAGUGUGGACAGAUGCAGCUGGUGGCGCAGCUCAAGUCCUCGACGCCGAUUGCCCCUUCGCCGACAUGUGCUCCUCGACCUACGGCCACGCUUGCAGCGACUUCGGUUCGACCCUCGACUCCGACCUGCUCUUCUGCUCCCAAGGUGACGCGGGCUGCGACGUCGGCCGGUCCCCCCACUUCGACGGUCAGCCCACCGACCAGUACUCCACCUACGACGACGAGCGCAGCUCCUGCGGCCACACCUUGUACCAUAUUGUCUACGGUGACGAGGGUCGCGACAUCGAUUUCUGA